UGAUUACAGCCGUCCUCCUGUGCGCAUUCGUUGCCUCAGCACUGUCCAAUUCACUGGAGACCAGAGUUGAGCAGCUGAAUGAGAUCUCUUACCGCACUCCUGUUGUAAAACUUGAUGAUGACAAGUACAAAUCCUUCAUCAGGACAAUGCCUAGAAACUACAGUAUUGUUGUCAUGUUUACUGCUCUUUCCCCUAACAGAAAUUGCAAGAUUUGCAAAGAGGUGCACACUGAGUACACAACAUUAGCAAGGUCUCACCGAUACUCCCGUAGCUUUAACAGUGACAUCUUCUUUACAAUGGUAGACUAUGAUGGGGGUGCUGCUAUCUUUCAGAGGCUGAAGUUGACCUCAGCCCCAGUAAUCCUGCAUUUCCCUGCCAGUGGUAAACGAAAGAAGGAGGACAAAUUCGACCUUGAAAGGAGGGGAAUAAACGCCGAAUCCAUCUCCAAGUGGGUAAAAGACAGAACAGAUAUAGGAAUAGAAGUGAUCAGACCUCCAAACUACACUAACGCUAUUCUUCUGGGUGUGUUCCUGUUCGCUGUGUCUGGUACUCUGCUCAUCAAGGGAAACAGCCUGGACUUCCUUUACAAGUGGAAAUAUUGGGCUAUCACAUCUAUGUUUAUAAUGUUUGCUAUGACGUCAGGACAGAUGUGGCUUCAUAUCAGAGGUGCUCCCUUCGCUCACGUUGACCGGGAGACAGGUAGAACCAGUUUUAUCCACGGUGGCAGUAACAUGAUGUUUGUGGCUGAGUCCUACAUAAUAGCAGUAGUUAACGGGGUUAUCGCACUUGGUUUCAUCAUGAUGGCAGACGCUCCUAAAGAUCCAACUAACCUUAACUCCAAAUAUAUGAGUUACGGAGGUCUGGCGUUGGUAGUAGUGUUCUUCUCUAUUCUGCUCGCUAUAUUCCGUAUGAAACACAGAGGAUACCCCUACAGCCUCCUCUUCUAAUGUUAUGACGUCAUCAUUAGCUUGUGAUGUCAUCGUCGCGUUAUGACGUCGCUACUAUAUUAUGAGGUUAUUAGCUGCUUUCCUACGCUGUUUAGUGUUUACCUUGUCCAUUGUAUCCUAUUACUUAUAAUAUUAGUUAAAACUCUGAUAUUUCAAUUGAGAAGAAAGAAAAUGGUUUUCUCGCUGUGAAUUGUUUGCAUUAAUGUAGUAAAUUAUUUAUUGUUUUUCUACAUUUGGUCUGGCUUUAUGUUUUAUUUGAUGUAAGGUAUAAUUAAAAUCUACUUCAUGCUUACUUUACUGUUUAUGCAGAUUGCUGAUCCGUAUAAUUUUGGGACAACAUUUUGAUGACUUCGUUUUGAGUAAAUACACAGAAUCUUGUAUCUUUUGGGGUGGUUGCACUAAUUAUUUAUUGAUAAUUAUUAUUGUUAAGCAGAGGUGAUGAGUAAGG